AUGGAUGAGAGGUUGCAGGAGUUCCUUUUAAUGAAACAAAAGUUCUCUGGAUCAUUUAACGAAGAAAUUACAGUUGCUGCAUCGGGUAAUUUAACGUUCCAUUGGCUCAACAACACUUCUCAUUCUCUCUAUGCGAUAUCUUCGCCCCAUGUCAAUCUAAACCUCAUUAGCACUGAUGCUCUCGAAGAUGUUGGUAUCAUUGUUGACAAUCGUCGUAAGGCUUUGGUGAGACUGGAUAGUGAUGAAGUUCUUGCUCCUGUUACAAAGAUUGGUAAAUAUCGCUGUGUUACUCUUUCCUUCGGUAAAUUACCAAAACACAAGUCUCCAGUCCAUGUGCUUUCUCAGAAAUUUUCCUUAACUUUAAUCCACAGACUCUUCGGCCAUAUUAACGUACGUGAUAUUAAGAAAUCUAUUGAAAGCAAAUCGAUAACCACUAUUCGCAUAAAUGACGUUGACUGGUCUGGUAUUGAUAAAUUCCAAUGUAAAGACUGUUUAACUGGUAAACUUACCAAACAUAAACACAUUGUUGGUUCCCGUUUGAAUAUCAAAAGUCCUAUGAGCUAUAUUCAUACUGAUUUGUUUGGUCCGGUGUCCGGUGUUGAUAUUACUUCACCAAAAUAUUUUAUCUCAUUCACAGAUGAGAAUACAAGGUUUCGUUGGGUAUUCCCGUUGAAAAAGAAAGAUGCUGAUCAUAUCUUACCGAUAUUUCAACAAUUGGUCAAUUAUAUCAAAACUCAAUUUAAGGUAAGGGUGCUCACGUUCCACAUGGAUCGUGGUUCUGAAUAUACAAGUACCAUGGUCCGUGACUACUUCAAAGAUAAGGGUAUUAUCCCUAUCUACACUACUGUCGGCGACUCGUCUUCCAAUGGUAUUGCUGAACGUGCUAAUUUAACUUUCCUAAAUGAUUGCAGAACUUUGUUAUCUUCUAGUAAUCUACCUGCCAGUUUAUGGUUUUAUGCUGUUGACUUUGCUACUUUAAGGAGAAAUGCUUUCAUUAACUCAUCUACAAACUCAUCUGCUCGUGCUAAGGCUGGUCUUGCUGGUUUGGAUGCUAGAACUAUUCUACCUUUCGGUCAAGAAGUUAUGAUUCAUGAUUAUACUCAAACAUCCAAGUUAAAAUCUCGCGGUAUAACUGGAUUUGCGUUGACUCCAUCAAAGGAAUCGCAUGGUUAUUUAAUCUUUGUCCCAGCUUUACGUAAGGUCAUCGAUACUUCUAACUAUGUUAUUGUUGUUCACGACUCUACCUCUUUAUCCGAAUCCUCUACCCAUUCUGUCUUCGAUAACUUAUUGGAAAGUUACCACGUCACUGACGCUGAUACUGAUUUGCAAAAAGCCGCCGUUGAAGAUGUCCCAGUAUCUGAUAUCUCUCCUACAGUAACUUCUGUUAUUCCUGCUGGUUCCGAUAAUCCUGCCGAUUUUUCACAACCCAGUGAACAUAUUAUUGAUGUUGACAUCUGGCAUGCCUAG